GUGAAUGAUUAACUGUGAGGAGGGAUCAGAGUGAGACAAAACACUGUCACUGCCACAAAAGGGAAGCGGACGUAAGGGACAAAAGCGCAGCUCAUAUUCAAAACAACACUGGCAUGUUUCUAUCUCUACACCUGGAUGAAGACAGCAUCUGAAAUAAGAGGCGUAGUUGGGAACUGGCUGGAAAAAUGGUGACUCUGAAACAUUUAAGUGUUAAAGGCAAUGAUGAAGACAGCGUUCCUCUGUUACCGGAAGCUAGCAGCUUGGAGAGCCCAACCACCCAACACCACGGGGCAGAGUCCAGAGAAUUCUUCCUCAGCCGGAGGAACAACUUCAUUUUAAGCGUUUUUCUGUUGUUGAGCUGUUACUCUGCACUUUUGGUUCCUGCGUAUCUGCCAACCCCAGAGCCCAUCUGGACUAAUGACAGCUCUGCUGAAACUCUGGCUCUGCUGAAUCAGUCAGCGGCUCUGCUGUCUCAGUCAUGCCGCAGUAGCUGGAGUGUGGAGAGGGUGAUGACGCUUGGUACACCGACUGGGCUGCUGAAGAUCCCCGUGUUCCUGGAGAAUGGCACACAGGACUGGGCACUGCCUCCUCCUCUGGGUCUGCAAGGUAGUGAGGAGAUAGUGGCUCAGGCCAUGAAAGCUUUGCCUUAUACUGGUGUACCUACUGGCCCAGAGACCUGCAGGAGAUGCGUGGUGGUUGGAAGCGGUGGCAUUUUACGUGGCAAAAAUCUUGGACCUCAUAUAGACCAGUACAACAUUAUCAUCAGAGUGAACGAUGCUCCAGUAUUUGGAUUUGAGAGAGACGCUGGCUCUAGAACUACCAUUCGGCUCAUUUAUCCAGAAGGGGCUCCUUCCCUGUUACAAGAAUACAAGAAUACUGAAGUGGUGGCUUUGGUCGUAUUCAAGAGCUUAGAUAUAGCAUGGCUCACCUCUGCAGUAACCAAAGAACCUUUGAGUUGGUGGUCUAAAUUAUGGUUCUGGAGGGAAGUAAUAGACACGAUACCUCUUCAACCAGAAAAUGUUCGCAUCCUGAAUCCUGAAAUCAUGUACAGGACUGGACAGGUGCUGCAAACCUAUGCAGAGAAACAGAAAAAGAUGGUGCCGACCCUGGGUAUAACGGCAGUAGUUCUGGCCCUGCAGGUGUGUGAUGAGGUGAGUUUAGCUGGAUUUGGAUACGACCUGCAGCACCCUGGAGCUCUGCUGCAUUACUAUGGGUCUCUCCGCAUGGACGCCAUGAGGGCACAGGUGGUUCACGACGUCAGCGCUGAGACCAUCUUACUGCGGGAGCUGGUUAAAGCUGGAGCGGUGCGAGACCUCACCGGUGCACUGUAAUGACUGCAGAGACUCUGAAACAGCUACAUGUAGAAGUUAAAAGAGAUGAGAAACCACAGAAACAGACCUGCUGGAAGACAAUAGUAUCGAUCUUAUAAAUUCCCUGUAAAAUGUGAAAAUUUCAGGGCAAAUUUACUAAAUUGUCUAAUUUGGCGGUAAAAUGUGACAUAGAUAUUACCCAAAAAACAUAAUAUACAAACAAAGGCAUUUAAAAAGUGAAAAUGACUACUAAAAUAAAAUUAAAACCAAAGCUACUAUAAUACACAUUUAAAUAUAGCUUUAUAAAAGAUGACAAAAGAUUUAUUCAGAUAAAUUUUAUAUUUAUUUAUCUUGGAAAACUGAUUACAUAGUGUAAAAACAUUUUUUAACAGAACAUUACAUAUAUAUCCAAACAAUAUUGUAUUAAAAUGUUUGAGUGUGAUAAUCGGUCCUGAAAAAUAUCACAUAUUUCUAAAACAAAGCAGUGGGUUAAAAACAAACACACUUUCAUUAUGUACAUCAUAUUUAACUUAAUCUCUGAACUAAAAUUUAAAUAUAGGGAAUAUUUUGUUGCAUUUCUGUAACACAUUCAUGAUCAUUAAUUACAGCUAGAAAAAAAGUGCUGACAUAAUGGAAGGAGAGAAACCAUCUGCUAUUGCAAUACAAUGGAUAUUUUUGACAGCAGGAUAAAUAAAUUGUAAUUGUCUUAAGAAUUAGAUUUGUGUAUUUCAGCUUUAACUUUACAACCAUUAAAAAA